UGUGUGUGCAUGUGUGUUUAAAUGCCACUACAGUUUCUCGGAGGGAGGUCCACCUUGCUGAACCACAAAGCACUUCUCUCGUUUAUCGCCUGUCACACACCUGCGCACAGACAAUGGGGGGUCAGUGCAGGAGGUGUGUGUGUGUGUGUGUGUCUGUGUGAUCAUGCUUGCUGCUAACUGGCCCUUCCUGUUGGACUUCUUGGAUAAUUCUCAAGCGAACGGUGACAAAAGAAAUAACAUCAUGGCAGAAAAUACUAGUUGAAAACCAAGACCCUGAUAGGAUACAGCACUGAUGGGACUAUUAGAUAAGCCUGUGGGGCUGUCCAGCCCUGAUCCGUUGGUCCGAGAAGCCUACCUGAUGGCCUACGACUAUAUUAACUAUGUAACAGCCAAACCGGAAACUCCUCUCGGCCCAGCUCCGUCUCAAGCCUCAGAAGCACUGCGGCACGCUGGAGAUGAGCUCCUCCAACGCUUCCCCAUCUUCUUUCGUCGCUGGCCACGCGUCUUCCGAGACGUGACAGAGGACACAGCAUGUUCUACACUGCUGUCGAUCCUGGAUGAGCAUUUCUCUCAGACGAGGCGCAGGGACCUGGCCUGGAGCGCCGUGCUGUCCGUGUUUGUGGUUGCUGGUCAGAUGGCACUACACUGCAAACAAAGGGGUAUGAACAGUGUUGUCCCACAGCUCCAGCAGUCUGUAGGCAGCUUUGUUGAAAGAGUCAUCUGCCCUGAGAUCAGGGACAAGGGUGGAUGGGUAAGUUGGCAACAGCAAGGAGUAAAAAGAGAACUGCAGUUUUCAGGCAUCUGGAUGUACAAACAAUUUUAUACAGAGCAGAAUAAUGGGGUAUGCCAUAGUUCUACAAUGUAUUUAAAAUUUGUUACACUUUGACGUGAGAAACACGAAAGAAACUCUCAGUUCAAUCUACAGUAAAAACACUGUAUGGCUAUUUACACAUUUCCAAAGGGUUUAUGGUAUCCACACACCUUCAGACACAGAAACUGAGAUAUGCUGACACGACAUAACCAAAAACUCUUUGCUCUAAAAACGUAACCCUGUAUUUGAAAGCAUGAAUUAUAAAUCUGCAGAAAGGUAACCUAUAGAAGUGUAUUAAAGGAAUUCAGUAACUGCACCUUGACUUUAAUUAUACGUGUCCAGGUUUGUGUCUGUGGUAAUCACACAAACACCAGCUAGCUAGAGUAAAUAGUGUGUGCAGGAAUUCGAACAAA